AUGAAAUUGCUUAACUUUGCUGUUGCCUUUUUUGCCGCUUCUUCUGCCAUCGCUGCUCCUUUGGCUAAGAGAGCAGAGGACAAGAACAAGACAAUCUUGCUCACCAACGACGAUGGUUGGGCCUCUACGAACAUUCGUGCCACUUACUCCGCUUUAAAAGAUGCUGGUUACGAUGUUCUCUUGGUUUCGCCAGUUCGCCAAAGGUCCGGUUAUAGUGGAACCUUCCACAUUCCUCAGUCAACCACCUUGGAGGAAGACGGUGAAUUCUCUUACCCUCCUGCGGGCUCUCCAUCAUGGGGCCAUGAAGAUAAUGACAAAAACAUAUGGUACUUCAAUGGUACUCCUGCUUCGUGUGUGGCCUUUGCCAUGAGCCACGUGUUGCCAAAAGAAUUCGACAACAAGUCUAUCGACCUUGUUGUUGCCGGUCCCAAUGAGGGUGUGAAUUUGGCUCCUGGUCUUUUCACAUUGUCCGGAACCAUGGGUGCUACUUAUCAUGCCGUGCUUAGAGGCUUGCCAGCCAUCUCUUUCUCGGGUUCCAACGAAACCAAUGCUUUUUUCAAGGACGACGAAGAAAAGCUUUCGGAUGAAAAGUUCCCACCAGUGAUCUACGCUAAAAAGGUUGUUGAGCUUGUUGACCGCUUGUUCGACGAAUCCUCUGAUCGUCCAAGAAUCUUGCCAAAGACUACUGGUCUCAAUGUUAACUUCCCUUUCGUCGGCAAUGAUGACGAGGAUUGUCUCGACCCUGACUGGAUGUUUGCUCGUUUGACCGGUGAAGACUCUGUAACCCCCAACUUGAAAGUUCUCUCUAACGGUACCAUUGUUCGGGAUGAGGGUGUCUACAAGGCUCCAACUGAAUGCAUCUUCGGUGAUUGUGACUUACCAUCGGAGUCUUGGGUAAACAAGAAUCUCAAGUGCAAGACCCCCCAUCUCCGUAUUCUCCAUUGA